UAUCGCAUAAACCGGUGAAAGGGAAUUCUGUCGAAGAUAAGAAUGGACGACGGCCGGAAUUGCAACGGUAGAGCCGUUAAAGAAGCGGAAAAUCAAAAUCCGACGGUGUGCAAGCGGUGCAAAGAGCUGUACACGGCGGUGUCCAAUUCCCCUAGCUCUUGCCGAUUUCACCCCUCAUUCUUCGUCUGCCGCCGCCACGACGAUCAAAAGAGGUACUACGAACUGGGACCCGAUGAUCCACCAUAUGCAGCCAAGUUUUACGAUUGUUGUGGAGCAGAAGACCCGGCCGCACCCGGCUGCAACACCAGUUUCCACAUUUCAUACGAUGAUGAAUAAGCACGGUCGACAUCAGUGAAACAUGAAUCGAAGCAGGUGAGAAUGCAGAAAGAGCCUCGUGACUACAUAACUUUUCUAGUUGAAGCUGGCUGGCAUGAAGAAGAAUAAAUGAGAGAGAUAAACAUAAGUGGUACACCUCUUUUUAUCUGUUUCUGUCCCCACGUUUUCACCUACAUGUGUAUGCUUGCAUUCUUCAUUUAGUUAAAUAGGCUACAAAUUUCAAUGUGACAUAUUGUGGUGCUUGGGCUUGCAUUAUUUAUUUUUCUGCUAUAGUUGUAAAAUAAAUAAUGAUAUAAUAAUGAUAUAAUAUAGUCUUCUUCUCUUGUUUA